CACCUCGGCAACAAGAAUUCUGAUUUUCAGCGCUGCUUCGUAGCUCCGUGCUAGCAGCUGGAGGAUCGGGUACAUACAAUAGAAGAUCUUCAUUGAUGUAAAGGGCACGCCAGCGGGAGCGCUGCGAUAAAAACAAACCGCAGCUAUGUUUGGAGAUAUUCUCGCCAUGGCCAUGGAAACGGAAUCGCAGAUGCUGCAGGGGGAGCUAUCAAUAGUUUUGGUACUAGCCAGUCUUGUCGCCUCGUUUGGUUCAUCCUUCCAGUAUGGAUACAACGUUGCUUCAGUCAACUCUCCAGCACCAUUCAUGCGAGACUUUUACAACAAAACCUACAUUGAACGUUAUAAUGAGCCCAUACCAGAGAGCUUCCUGACUAUGUUGUGGUCAGUGACCGUAUCCAUGUUCCCACUCGGAGGCUUCCUUGGAGCUCUGAUGGUGGCGCCUCUGGUUAACAAUCUCGGCAGGAAGGGCACCCUCCUCUUCAACAACAUCUUCUCCAUCGUCCCGGCAAUCAUGAUGGGAUGCAGUGAGAUGGCCAAGUCCUAUGAGCUCAUAAUUGUGGCCAGGAUUAUAGUGGGAAUAUGUGCAGGUCUGUCGUCCAACGUAGUGCCAAUGUAUCUGGGCGAAAUCACACCCAGAAACUUGCGAGGAGCCAUUGGAAUCAUCCCACAGGUCUUCAUCACUUUUGGCAUCCUCGCUGCACAAGUGUUUGGCAUCAGGAGCUGCCUCGGCAACAAAACAGGCUGGACCCUCCUGCUCGGCUUGACAGCCGUUCCCGCUGUGUUCCAGUUGAUUUUCCUGCCGUUCUUCCCAGAGAGUCCCAGGUACCUCAUCUUCCAGAAGGACGACGAGAAGGCCGGCAUAAAAGCGUUGCAGUUUCUGCGUGGCCGUCGCGAUGUGGAGGCCGAGGUAGAGGACCUUGUUGUCGAGGUGAUAGUGGAGCAACUACAAUGUCGCAUGUCGGUGUUGUCCCUGCUGGCCCAGAGCUUUCUCCGCUGGCAGAUCGUCAUCAUCGUCGUUUUGAACCUGGGCCAGCAGCUGUCCGGGGUCAAUGCGAUCUACUACUACGCGGAUAGUAUUUAUAGAUCUGCCGGAGUGAAUGAGGAGGACGUCCAGUACGUUACAGUGGGAACAGGUGCAGUGAAUGUCUUCAUGACCAUAGCAGCUGUCUGCAUCGUGGAGUUCUCAGGUCGAAGGCUUCUUCUUCUUCUGGGAUUCGGGAUCUGCUGCGGGUCUUGUGUGGUGCUGACUGUGGCACUCAUCUUCCAGGAGAGCGUGCCAUGGCUAUCUUACAUCAGCAUCAUUUGUGUCAUCCUCUACGUUAUGGGACAUGCCAUCGGACCCAGCCCCGUUCCAAACGUGUUGACCACUGAGAUAUUCAUGCAUUCGGCUCGGCCAGCGGCCUUCAUGCUUGGUGGCUCCAUCCACUGGAUUUCCAACUUUAUUGUGGGCAUCAUUUUCCCCUACAUGGAGAGAGACCUAGGUCCCUUCAGCUUCCUUCUUUUUGCCGGCGUCUGCUUUGUGACGCUGAUCUUCAUCUUCAUCGCGGUGUUCGAAACCAAGCAGAAGAGCUUCCUGGAGAUUGCCAGGUUGUUUGACUAUAUGAACAAUAUGAACAAAGAGGACUCGAGAAAGAAUACAAGCAAAGAGGACUCCUCUGAAGAAGAUGACUAUGGGUGCUUGAGUCAAUAAAGAAACCCAAACCGUU